CUCAUUCAAUUUGUUUUAUUUAAUUUUAAUGUUUUUCUAUUGGAUGUUUUAAUUUGGUGUUUAUUUGCUUUUGGCCAGUUCUCCCUUGAAAACGAGGUUUUUAAUAUCAACGGGACUUCCUGUUUAAAUAAAAGUUAAAUAAAAAAUAAAAAGGUUUUUACUCAGUGUGGAAAAGAAAGGAAAUGGGUGGGAAGUUACUUUGACUUUUCUUUUGAAAACUAAAGAUAAUUCUUUCCUGAUGUAAAAUGUUUUACACUAAUUUACUGCAUAUGAAAGAACAUUAAAUAACCUACAAUGUCUAUUUGCUUAAUUCACACCCUUUCCGAACCCCUUCCUUCUUUUCCUGCACCUGGGUGCCCCCCUCCUCUUCUCACUGCUCUGGUGCAGCCCACCACCACACGCUCAAGCUGAAAAAGGCGAGAGGGAAGAAAACUCAACAGUAAAAAAGUCAAGAAAGAGAAGAAGACGUGACAGCAGAGGGAAAACAACACUGAGGGUCACUUUUCACUAUUUGUGGCUGAACUUCACUGAGUGAUGGAAGAAAAACCAUUGAAAGAGUGGGAUAGUAAUGUAUUUGAUUGCUUUGAGGAUCCACAAACCUGUUGCUAUGGGUGUUGGUGUGGACCCUGCUUGGCCUGUACAGUUACAGGACGAUUUGGAGAAAACAGAUGGCUGCCAUUAAUUGAUAUAUGUAGCAAUAUGCUCUACUUCGGAAGCCCCAUAUUUGUUCCUCCUGCAGCCUUGACUGUAAGAGUCGCCAUGAGAAAUAAGUACGGCAUCAAGGGCUCCAUUUUGGAGGACAUUGCUAUCUCCUGUUGCUGUGCGACUUGCUCCUGGUGUCAGAUGCACCGGGAGUUAAAAAGUCGCAAGCAAAACCCGGUCAUCAUAAACACGUUGUCUCAGAAUGUUGUCAGCAUGCAGCCUGCUGCUGUGAUGAUGCCUGUGAACCCUCUGCCUGUUCCAACUGUCCAGGCUCCACUGCUUCCCAACUAUUAACUAACUUGGUGUGGUUGUAGUUGAGCAUAUUUCUGAACACAGUUUAAAAGCAACAUAUUGCAAAAGUUAAUAAUUGUUGUGGUUUGAUAAACAGCUGAAACAGAUUUAAUCYGACUUUAAAACUCUGGUCUGAGAAUUGUGGACAGUAUGCGUUUCAGUGUUAAUUUUUUUUUUCAUUAAGUAAAUUCGAGGUGAUUUUUUUUUAGUUAGAACUUGAUUUGGAAUUUAACUGUUUAUUUGCUGUAUGAUUUAAGUUGUGGUAUUGAUGAUACACAUUUCAUUUGUUCAAUAAACACAAAUCAGAAACUCUGUUUUUAAAAUUUUUUUUCUCAGAAUCAGAAAUACUUUAUUGAUCUCAAAGAGAAAUUAGAGUUGUUACAGCUGCAACCUGUUACCUGUUUUCCACCUUAUAACUUAGAAUAACACUCAGGUGUGGAGGAGGACAGCUGUAGUCUCUGUCUUCAGUUCAUCUCAGACCCCUUGUCAGAGUGGACAUUAAAU